AUGAUCCGCAGGAAGAACGCGAUGAUCCGCCAGAAGAAUGCGAUAAUCAGCCGCAAGAACGCGAUUAUCGACCAUAAGAACGCGUACAUCAGCCACAAGGACGAUCUUAUCAACCACCAAAACGCGUACAUCAGCUACAAGGACAAUCUUCUCAAUCUUCGCCAAGCGAUGCUGGAAAACGUACAACUCAUCAUCGCUAGCAAAGACGAAGUCAUCGCCAACGAAAAUAAACGCCUCGCUGUCCUAGAUAAGUUCAACGCGACCCUACUUGCCAGGAUCGUCCAUCUGGAGGACCUGCUUGGAGAUAGGCUUGCCGCGCGUCAAGCCUCGGUAUCCGAUGGAGUGCGUAUCAGGUUUCGACAGGCCCAGCUUGGUGACAGACUCGACGACUUCACCGCUCAGUUGAACGAUAUGCACAGCCGCGAUGGCGAUGAUGCCGGUGCCUCUCAGCGACUGGCCGAGACGCUCAAGCAAGAGAUAGAGGCAAUGACCGCUAGCAUCGAGGCGCUCCUUGUGUGGAAGAAGAAAGCAACUGUGGCUGUGGGAGAGGAGUUUGGAUCGGAGGAGCAGGUGUUUGGAUCGGAGGAGGAGGAGGUUGGAUCAGAGGAGGAGGUUGGAGCGGAGGAAGAGUUUGGAGCGGAGGAAGAGUUUGGAGCGGCGGAUCAGCCCAUGGAUGAAGCCUAG